GCGCGCGCUCUCGAGAGAGACUAGCGAUCGAUUCGAUUCCGGCUCGUGCAUCAUCGAUCGAUCGAUCGAUCGAAUACCGUCGAGCGAACAGGUUGAGAGAUUCGAUGGAGGAUCGGGGGUUGGAGGAGGUAGAGAAAGCUCGGUUGCUAAGCUUGGCUCUCGAGUUCGGCUCCGACGAGCAGUCCGCCACCAAGUGCUUGGUCCGCCUCAUUUCCCUCUACAGUGACGAAGGUCGAGAGUUUAUCACUGUGGAGCACUGUGGCGAUGACUUUCUAGCAGAACUUGCCGAAACUAUGCAAGAUACCGAGGAUUGGGAUGAUUUGCAAGCUGCGGAAUCAGAAGCUUGUGGAGUUUGGGCUGAUAUGUUUGGCCAAGAUAUCCCUUAUGACGGUGGAUGCAAUGUCGUGCAUGAUGUUACUAUUAUAGAAGAUUCUCCACAACCUGAGAAAAAUCAAACUUUUCUUGAGGUGGAUUCCUCUACUGACGGUGAAGACGAAGAUGAAAUAUUUGGCAGUAAAAUGGGCAGGAAAUCCACGUGCUAUAUUCCUGAUGAAAGCAGAGCACUGUCACUCAAGGUUCGAUAUCAUCAGUUUAAAAAAAAAAGACAUUGCUCUCGGAUUUCGACAUGCAAACAAGGGACUCUGAGUUAUAAGGAAUUGCAGGCCUUGGAUGACAUAGAAUUGGCAAAUGUUGUAAUAUUCGGAAACAAGGUAUUUCGACCAAUGCAGCAUCAGGCUUGUAAAGCUUCUGUAGCCAAGCAAGAUUGCUUCAUUCUAAUGCCCACCGGAGGUGGUAAAAGUUUAUGUUACCAGCUGCCAGCAACUCUUAAACCAGGUGUCACAGCUGUUAUAUCUCCCCUGCUAUCUCUCAUCCAGGAUCAAAUAAUUACUCUAACCCUCAAGUAUGGAAUACCAUCUACUUUCUUGAACUCUCAGCAAACUGCUGCCCAAGCAGCAGCUGUCCUCCAAGAACUAAGGCAAGAUAAACCAUCAUGCAAGCUAUUGUAUGUAACCCCUGAAAGGAUUGUGGGAAACCCAUCGUUUCUCGAGAUAUCGAAAUGCUUGCAUAGAAAGACACAACUUGCUGGUUUUGUUGUUGAUGAGGCACAUUGUGUGAGUCAAUGGGGACAUGAUUUUCGUCCAGAUUAUAGGGGACUGGGAUGUCUCAAGAAAAAUUUUCCAUACGUCCCAGUGAUGGCCUUAACUGCAACUGCCACUCAGCCAGUUCGUGAGGAUAUCCUAAAAGCUCUCAGGAUCCCCCAUGCUCUUGUUCUUGAGACAAGCUUUGACAGACCAAACCUAAAGUAUGAGGUCAUAGCUAAGACCAAGGAACCACUGAAGCAGCUUGGAGAGCUGCUAAAGAAUCGUUUUGCUAAUUUUUGUGGCAUAGUAUAUUGCCUCUCAAAGAGUGAAUGUGUUGAUGUUGCAAAAUACUUGAAUGAUAAGUGCGGUAUAAAGACGGUGUACUAUCAUGCUGGAUUAGCAGUCCGUCAAAGAGUAGCUGUUCAAAAGAAAUGGCAUACUGGAGAGGUCCAGGUUGUAUGUGCUACCAUUGCUUUUGGGAUGGGAAUAGACAAACCAGAUGUGCGUUUUGUCAUCCACAACGCAAUGUCCAAGUCAGUGGAAAGCUAUUACCAAGAGUCAGGGAGGGCAGGAAGAGGUAAUCUACCGGCAGUGUGCAUUGCUCUAUAUGCCAAAAAGGAUUUCAGCCGGGUUGUGUGCAUGUUAAGGAGUGGUCAAGGAUGUAAAACCGCUGUCUUUAAAUCUGCAAUGGCUCAAGCUAGGAAAAUGCAGCAAUAUUGUGAACUCAAGGUAAUCCAAUUUGUGUUCUCAACUUCUCAUUAGUGAUCUCAACUAAGUGAUGCUUCUAUUUUGUGUUUCCACUUUCCACUUUGUUCUAUUGAUUGUUGUUAGUUUUAGUCUGGCAUUUACCAGUUUGGGUGCUGGAUCUUUAGAUGGGUCUGUUGGCAACAUAUGUAAAUCAUAAUGGAACCUUUGGGCUAAACUCAUCUUCCACGUACCUGAAUGGAGCAAAGUCUAUUGAUAAACAUGUGUUAACUCUCUAAUUUGCGAAAUUUUCAAGAUGAGUGUCGGCGGCAAACCUUACUUGCACACUUUGGCGAGUCUUUGGAUCGGAAAGACUGUAAAUACGGUUGUAAUCCUUGCAACAAUUGUCUCAAAGCCUCUUCAUAAAGGUAAACCUUUCAGGUGUCACCUCUCUUGAUGGGCGACAGGUACCGACUGACGCAUGAUCUUGAGCCGCACAGUUCUUCUGGUUCCAUCAUCCGCAAUUAUUGGAAGACCACAUGGUAUUGGAGGGGCAAAGGUCCUUAACUAAGGACACAGAAUUCUUCAGUUGUGAUGGUCUUGUCAUCUCAUGCUUGUCUAUCAUCUAUUGUCAUGUUCCUUGUCUGGAACUAAUUAUUUUCGUAAGGGGAAAGAAAAUGUGGCCCAACAUACAAGCCGCCGGAGAGGCAUAUGGGAACAGGCCGUCCGGUCUUGACUGAGGAAGAAAAAGUUGCUUGUUUCGCUAGAAAAAGCUACUUGUUUCUGUUCAGCAAAGAUUAACAGCAAAAUCCAAUCAUACAAGCGCAUGUUGCCUGUCUUCUUCUUUCCCGUUUUGAAUGAGUGUUGAUGCAUAUCAUGACUGCAUCUGUGAAGUUAGUUUACUUGCAGAAUAAAUUUUUCAAGUAGUAUAUCCUAAGAUACAAUCGAUUGGUUGAGAACUUUUAUUAGGGUCUAAUUAUCAGUUAUCCAACUAUUGAACACUGUCGGCUUUCUGGUCAGCAAGCAUUGCAUUGGUGGACUGGAUUAUUCAAAUCAUGGACUCAGAUCUCAGAUUCACACUAUGCAAUAGUUUUUCAUAUAGAGCAUAUGGCAAUGCAUAUAUGAUUCGAUACUUAGGGAUUUAACAUGGUUUUAUUAUUCCUGGGUCAGGCACAACCUUAGAUUCAUGUUGACUAGGACGUGUCAACUGCCCAAUAAUGCUCUCACAUGGCACUUAAACAGUUGCUUCCUUGUUGUAUUUGCAUUACAACAACUCACGUUAAUGAUUGCAUAAAUAUAUUUCAUGAGAAUUGCAGCCAAUGGUUUGUACUCAAAAGGGUGGUUGGAAUCAGCACAGUUUUGAUGACGGCACAACAUCGCACGAGGUGAGGGACAUUGAUAGUAUUGGGCCCCAGAAGAAGGUAAUUCAUUCAUUGCCUUUUGAAGUGAGGACAAAAUCGUUCCUUCUGAAUGUUAGUAUGUGCAUGACUCAUUUGAAAAAGAUUGUUUUGGAAAUAUAUUGGAUUGGGGGA